AGCCUGGUCCUGGCGGGGUUUGGGAGUGUGUCCGGCAGCGGAAGGAUGAAAGCUCUGUCCUGAUUAAAAGCCAGGAGCACCGGCUUCUCCUCUCUUCCGUAGAGCGGUGGAGACUCUCCGCUGUCGCCCCGGCGGAGCUAUGUGGAGCCCGGCGGCCAGUGUAGCCACAGUGCUGUGGUUAUUUGUGGAGUGUGUCGAGGCCAAGAAGUACUGCUGGUACUUUGAGGGUGGAUAUCCCAUCUACUUCAUAUGUCGCUCGUACGAGGACUGCUGUGGGACUCGCUGCUGUGUCCGAGCCCUGUCCAUCCAGAGACUGUGGUAUUUCUGGGUGCUGCUCAUGAUGGCGGUGCUGUUCUGCUGCGGCGCUGGCUUCUUCAUCCGCAGGAGGAUGUACCCGUACCCUCUGAGAGACGAGCCGGCCUUUAACGUCUCCUUCACCAGACACACCAUCACCACACCAGUUUCCCAGCAGCCGGGGAGUCUGCAGACCUCAUACGGGAUGACAGGAGGCGACCCCGGGGUCAUGGUGGCGCACCCUGGCUCCGCCCACAUGAUGAUGGGCUCCUAUCCACCACCUCCGUCCUACUGCAACCACCCGCCGCCGCCGUACGAACAGAUAUUUCAGAACAGCGAGAAGAAGUAACGUCCUGCAGGAAACCAAGGAGGUGGGAGGGAGUUGACGAAGGAGUGCCUGUUGGUUAUUUAUAAAAAUAAAACUGUGGAUGUAAGAAGCGAUGCAUUACUGUAACAGAGACGUGACUCACACACACAAGAGGGUCUGACGUGGGCCGGUUAAUGAGCCGUCAGGUGUCUGCAGGUCAACGGGAGCAGCUGGUAAUAAGGUAAUAAGCACAAAGACAUUCUAAAGGACCCAUGCAUCUGCAGGUGCUCAUUAAAGCACCGAUGACUCAGAGGAUCUGCAGCAUUUGUUUUCAACAUGUGAUCGAUGAUUAUUGUUCUUACACAGCGUAGCACAGCACUGACUGGUGUCCCAGAAGGAUUCUUUAUUUUUUGAGGUGGGGGUCGACAGCUUGUACUGUAAAGAAGCUCUGUGGAAAAGUGCUGGACAGUUAAUAUCUUACCUGAUGUAAAUAGUUCCUUCACCACCCUAGUUUAGAGAAAUAAAGGUUCAUUCUGACACCGAAGUAGA